AUGUGGCGCUACGCCUCAUUUGGUUCUCAAGAGCCUUGGGAUGAGAGAACUAUAUCAGAGUUCUGUCAAGCAACUUAUAGCAUCAAAUUUCUAUUACUCUCGAAAGUUGAUGUAAAUGGCGAAAACACUCACCCUGUCUAUAAAUUUCUAAAGUCAAAUAACCCAAAUGAUAGUGGUAAUAUCAAGUGGAAUUUUGAGAAAUUUUUGGUGGAUCGUAAUGGAAAUAUUGUCAUGAGAAAAUACACGCAAGAUACGCCGGACAGUUUGGAAAGCCCAAUUAAGAGAUUGUUGGAGGUGUAA